UGACAACCACAGAGGGAUUAGUUUAACUAAUAUAGUAUCUAAAAUACUAGCCUCGAUAAUUAUCAGACGCCUAAGACUCGUGAACUGCAAACACGAGAGAACCAAGCUGGCUUCAGACCUGGUCGUGGAUGCAUCGACCACACAUUCACCAUUCGUCAGGUUCUAAAACACAGGCAUACUUACCGAUGUCCGACAAUGGUGGUCUUUCUUGACUUAAAAGUAGCAUUUGACUCAGUAGACCGCGAGAUUCUGUGGCAGUGUCUGUCAUUGAAAGGCGUACCUCAGAAGUGCAUAAACCUUGUGAAGGCUCUUUACUCGAACACUACUAAUCGAGUCAGAGCUUAUGGCGAAUUGUCAUCUGCUUUUGCAACCUCAAGUGGUGUCCGUCAAGGCUGUCCACUUUCUCCAUUUCUGUUUAACUUCAUCAUAGACCUACUGAUGGAAAUAACAUUCUCGUCGACGGAAUUCUCGGGUAUUGAUCUCCUACCAGGAGGUCCACUUAUCGGCUUAGAAUAUGCAGAUGACAUAGUCCUGUUUGGUGAAGACGCUGACAAAAUGCAGUCUUCUGGUAGCACUGAGCAACAAUGCCAGGAUGUUUGGAAUGCGCUUCUCUCCCUCUAAAUGCAAGUUGUUGCUUCAGGACUGGUCUGCGUCAACACCUGAACUAAGGAUAGGGAGUGAAGUAGUCGAACACGUUGACAACUUCAAUUAUCUUGGAAGUCUGAUCAGCCCUAAUGGGCUGGUAUCGGACGAAAUCUCAGCACGGAUUCGAAAAGCUCGUUUGGCUUUUGCCAAAUUACGUCACCUUUGGCGAGGGCGAGAUAUCCGUCUAUCAAUAAAAGGACGAGUAUACUGCGCGGUAGUCCGUUCUGUUUUACUUUACGGCAGCAAUAGUGAGGUUAGACGUAGGGUAUUAGGUAAUGAUGGUAAAUCAGUUGAUGAGGUUUGUUAAUCUUCAUCGACUGAGAUGGUUGAGCCGUGUUAUGUAUGCCUGAACACCG